AUGCGGGCAACCACCUUUCUUUCCGUCGUCUACCUUUUCCUCGGCUUGGUCUCGGCCUGGUCAAAUGGGUUAGACCUGGGCCAUGGUGCUCUGGUCGCUCGAGCUGAUGAAACUACCACCGCUGCUGACAAGGCGACCACUGGCGCCAAGGCGACCACCGAACAGACCGCCACGAAAACAGCGACCGACGACUCUACCAGCACGGGCACCCAGACUGGAAAGGAAACUGGAAAAGAAACCGACACCAAAACCGGCAAGGAGACUGGCAAAGAGACUGGCAAAGAGACUGGAACCAAGACGGGCAAAGCCACCAAGACGAAAGAUGAUAAGAAAACCACCUCGACCUCGAUCGAUCCUCGCUCCCCCCCUGGCGGUGUCAAGAUGCUCACUCCGUCAACCGGUGCCUCGAGCUACUACAAGAUCGGUGAACACGUCACUUUCGUCUGGAACUACACCUCGCUGCUGGUGACCCCCUCCGCCGUCAAUGUUAUUGCGUCCUGCAGUCUCAACAGCGCCACCUACACGAUUUCGAGCAACAUGAGUGUUGAGGAGACCGGAAAGGUGGUGUGGGAUACCAAGAAGUACCAGGCGAACGCGACCGUUCCGCUCCUGACUGCGACUUACACCUUGGUCAUCUACGAUGUGGACAGCGAGAUCGGAGACACGGCCGGCCCCGGUGAGCUGAGCUCGCAGAACCAACUCAACUUCGGGAUGUAUGUGCCCCAAUCAUACACUCCCUUGAAUGAAUACCACUGUGUAACCUGCAGCGGCGCCCUAUCCGACAUGGAACGCCAGGCCCUCAAGUUUGCCGUCGGCAUGACAUUGAUAACCAUUGCAUCCUUCACUUGGUUUGCGGGAGACUUUGGCGUCUUCUCAACAUGA